CGGAAAUAUGUGUAUACGUUUUUCAUUCAUCGUUUUCCAUUUAUAGGCCAAUGUUAGACCUUUUACUAUGUCAUCAAAAUUGCGAUGGUCAACUCGAAAAAUAGUUUUUGGUCGGUAUAUAACGGAAUACAUUUUUAAUCAUUUCCAUUUCAGUAAGGAAUUCAGUCAGUUGUGUUAUGUUUGUCGUCUAGGACGUUUCAGACAAAAUUACUUUGUUAGUGUUCUUGUACGAGAGAUAGAGUUAAGCAAGUUAAGAUUUGCACAAUCAACCGCCCCCUACCACCAAAUCACAUAAUAUGCUAUCGAAGCCGUUGUGUCGUCAUUAGAUUUCCUCUAUUCCACGGCCGUUUCAGUGUUGUACUACUGUCUUAUCAUGUGAAAUCGUUUAAGCCAGCAUAAGACACCAACUACAAAACCAACGACAAAACAGAAAACAAAACACCACUAGACAAUCGUAUUACUAUGUUUUGGGUGAAUAUAUUUUCCGAAGUCACGAUACCACGUUUGUAGUUACAUAGCUGUAGCUAUAUAUACAUAUGUAUCUCGUCUGUGAUAAAAAAUAUAUUUUAUCAACGAAACAAUAUAAGUAACAACAGAGCGCCUACAAACUAUCAACUGUCAUAUACGACACAAUAUAUAUUCACUUAUGUGGCGUUUGUUUCAACAGAGAACUUUAUCAUAUACAACGCCAGUAAUUUACAUUUUAGUUCUGUUUAUGUUACACUACACAGUUUUACCAUAAGAUGGAAAAAGUGAUAAGCGAAAGUAGUAUAACAUCGUCAGCAGGUGAAGCAAUACAGAGUGGCCUACCAACUGCUCCGACUAGUCUUCUGUCGCGUCAGAAUUACAAGAAAUCUCACAACUGUGUCAGCCUAUUCGCCAAAUGUAAUUGCAAAGAUGAUCGGCGAAAAAAAGUUUUACAGUCGUACGUUCAUCCGGACACGGCGUUCGUUUUUACCGAUGAAAAUAAAAAUGCGGCGGUGUCCAGAGAACGGAAGUACACAAUGAAAAAUCGAUCCUCACAGCUGCCCCGAAGUAAACGCUUGUCAACGCCGAAUAUCGGCAAUUAUACGAUACUCGAUGUGGCUGUUCAUCCGGAAGUUGUGUUGGCUGUGUCCCAUACAAACGGAAUGAUAGAGCCGAUGUAUGCCGAAAAUACAAUGCACAGCAAGCCGAGACCAAUUUUGAAGAAAAGUUUUUCUGCAAUACGCAGUGACUCAUUAAACAAUUCGUUAGAUUGCCUGGAACAAUUCAAAUCGAAAUCGAACGGAAAUAGUCGAGACGGAAACUUAAACAAUUCGUCGUAUGACGCGCGGGUAUCGAUUCGAAACGCAUUCUUUCGAAGCGAAUUGGAACGGAAAUUUUCCAAUCUAUCGUCGGAAGAUUUCUCGUCCACACAAACUGAUAAUUUGGAAUAUCUCAAGUAUAAUGCAUUGAGCUAUCAGCAGAAUAAUGUGAUAAACGAUUAUGAGAAAGAGAUUUAUAGACAGAUUAGUGAUUCAUCGUCGCCCCGAUAUUAUGAGAACGUUUCUCGAUCAAAUUCAUGUGAGGACAAAGUUGAGAUUCGCAACGAAGGCAAUUUCUUACGUCCAAAUCAAAAAAUGGAUGUCAAAUCGUCCGAACGAGAGUAUUUGCGGACAAUUAGCCAACAUUAUGAAAAUGAAUUGAAAUUGGAAGAAGAGGUGAUAAGACUGAAAGAAAUGCUGGCCGAUCGCGACUCAGAAAUCGAUAAUCUGAAAAGGGAAAUACACAAACUCAAGAGUGUACUCCAACAAACAACUAGCAACAAUUCCAUUCAUCGUGGCGAUGGAGACCUAUUAUCUAGCUUACAUUCAGAUCAUCGAAUGGCUGGUCAACUGUUGGCAUCACCACAAUUGAAUCACAGCAAUUCCAAUAGCAAUGUAAAUGCAUGUACACAAAGCCAGCAACAAAGCGGUAGAAGCGAUGCCGGCGAUACUGUAAAUAAUACCAAAAUACCAUCAUUAUCCAUUUCGACUGUUGCUGUUAAAAAGCAAGGUGUUUCGGGAGAGAGUUGUGAUGCAACUGGUCAAUCGUCACGGGACAUAUUAAUUAGAAAAUUCGAGAAGGAUUUCAGGUCGAAGCAACAAAUCAAAGAUGCUAUUAUGGGCAAUGAUUUCUUAAAACAUAUCGACUCAUCCCAAGUUCGAGAAUUGGUUGACUCUAUGUACAGCCGUGAUGUCGUCCAGGGAGAGUAUGUUAUACGUGAGGGUGAAGGUGGCGCUCAUUUGUUUGUUGCAGCUGAGGGAGAAUUUGAAGUUAUCAAGGAUGGUAAAGUGCUCGGUAAAAUGGGUCCGGGGAAGGCAUUCGGUGAACUGGCCAUAUUAUACAACUGCACGAGAACAGCGUCUGUUAAAGUUCUAUGUGAUUCACGGGUUUGGGUACUAGAUCGGAGAGUUUUCCAACAAAUAAUGAUGAGAACGGGCAUGCAGAAAAUUGAGGAAAAUGUAAACUUUCUGAGAUCCGUACCAUUGCUGAAACAUUUGAGCAACAACCUUCUGGCUAAGAUAGCUGAUGUACUGGAAGUGGAAUUCUAUCCAGCUGGUGCGUACAUUAUUCGGCAAGGUGCCAGUGGUGACACAUUUUUCUUAAUAAGUCAAGGAAGCGUAAAGGUUACUCAACGUAUUCCCGGGAACCAAGUCGAGGAAGAGAUUCGUUCACUGGGUCGAGGUGAUUAUUUCGGCGAACAGGCUUUAAUCAAGGAGGACAAGCGAACAGCCAACAUUGUUGCUAUGCCACCUGGAGUAGAGUGCCUAACAUUGGAUAGAGAAUCGUUUACACAACUGAUCGGCGAUCUAUGUGAAUUGCGUGAAAAGGAUUAUGGAGACGAUACUCGAGUACUGUCAAUGAAAAAGAGUGAUUCAAAGGCGGUGAUAUUUGGUUCGGACACAAUGCAAGAAUUGCUUCACGUCGAAUUAGAUGACUUAGACAUCAUUGCAACUCUGGGUAUUGGUGGAUUCGGUAGAGUCGAGUUGGUCAAGUACGAAAAAAAUAAUGAAGUGCAGACGUACGCCUUGAAGUGCCUGCGUAAGCGACACAUAAUCGAUACUAGGCAGGAGGAGCAUGUUUUCAGCGAACGCACUAUAAUGCUCUCCUGCAACAAUCCGUUUAUCUGUCGACUGUAUCGAACGUAUCGAGACUCUAAGUAUGUGUAUAUGUUGUUGGAGGCUUGCUUGGGCGGUGAAGUCUGGACGAUUCUGCGUGACCGAGGUCAUUUCGAUGACUUCACAACGCAAUUUAUUAUCGGAUGUGUUCUGCAGGCAUUUGAGUAUUUGCAUGCACGAGGCAUUGUUUACCGAGAUUUGAAGCCAGAGAAUCUAAUGUUGGACUCAUCAGGCUACAUAAAAUUGGUCGACUUUGGUUUCGCUAAAUACAUAGGAUACAGCAGCAAGACGUGGACGUUCUGCGGCACACCCGAAUAUGUUUCGCCAGAGAUAAUACUCAAUAAGGGACAUGAUCGCGCGGUUGAUUACUGGGCUUUAGGCAUUCUCAUUCACGAGCUGCUAACUGGAACUCCGCCAUUCACCGGCAGUGAUCCAAUGAAAACAUACAACAUCAUUUUGAAGGGCAUCGAUAUGGUCGAUUUUCCGAAUCAUAUGUCAAGAUCUGCAAUACAAUUGGUGAAACGGCUCUGCCGAGACACUCCAGCCGAACGACUUGGAUAUCAACGAGGUGGGACUCAGGACAUUAAGAAGCAUAAAUGGUUCGCAGGGUUUGAUUGGGAUGGGUUAGCCAAUUUGACGCUCACGCCGCCAAUUUUACAGCCUGUAGCAGGUCCACUGGAUUUCAGCAAUUUCGAUCAUUUUCCCAUGGAAACUGAUUUCCCCGAUGACGAGAUGUCUGGAUGGGAUGAAGGAUUUUGAUGACAAACAAAACUAAUGUGCCUUGCGUCGUUGUACACGACUUGUACGAUAAAUAAUAAAUUUUUGUUAAAAU